AUGGUCUAUAGCAUCAUUGAGGAGCAGGUUUCGUGUGUUAAUCCUAUGGUGAUUUCGAGGAAGUCUAAGCGGUGUUUAGAGAAAGGAAAUUUGUCUUGGUCUGAAGGGGACUUUUUGAGUGGACAUGCGAAGGUUGUUUUUAGAGGCCCAAUAACUUUUGAUGAGGCCUGUUUGAAACUGAAAAAUCAGAAGCCCAAAAAGAAGAAAAUAAAAUUCCUUAAGGAUAUUCACCAUCAGGAAGUGGCUCAGUCCACAUACUUUGCAAUUAUUCAACCCAUAAAAGGUAAAAGUGCGGAUCAGUCCCAGUGGCCUGAAAAAGCUAGCAGAAAGUGCAUGGCGGUGAAGGUUGGCGAGGAUUUGUCGAUGGCUUUCAACUCUCUUAGAACCAACUGCGACCAACCAUCGUCUUCAAGCGAUGAUCUAUUCUCAGAAGGAGCGGUCUUGUGUUGUGAUUCAACAACGUUGUCCGAUGUUAAUCAAGGCAAUAACAAAUUUUGGGAAAACAUGGAGUCUGAGGUGGGAAGGAUUGUGUGGGAAACCGUUUCCAGAUUAGGGAUUACAAUUGAUAUUGAUAAAGUGGAAGCGAUCGAAGCAAUCAAAAUAAUGGAAAAUAGAGACAAAGAGGGCAUGAAUAGAAAGGAGGCGAAAAAACAUAAUUCAUCAUGA